AUGAGUAGUACGCUAGUGAAUGGCGCAGUAAAUACAUCAUAUGCGUUCGAUCCACAAAGCCUUGAAAUCAAAACAAAAUCGGUAGAGCAGACUCUUGUCCCGCUUGUCACUCAGAUAACGACGCUUGUGAAUUUCAAGGAAAGUUACUUAUCAAGUAGUAAAAAACGAUCCGAGAAAGCUCUUCGCUCAGCCUUAAAAAUAGGAUCAGCAGUAGAAACAGCCAUCGAGCGUUUCGUAGUAGUCGGUGAAACGAUUGCCGAUGAAAAUCCAGAUGUGCAACCUGAGAUGUACGAUGCGUGUCACGAAGCUCGACUCGCAGGAGCUUCAAUAGCAAAUUUGAAUGGUUAUUUAACGGAUGAUUCGGGUAUUGCUAUCGAUAAAUCUGUCCUUGUACGAGCUGCGCGACAACUUCUAACUUCUGUAACGCGAGUUCUUUUGUUAGCGGAUCGUGUCCUUGUUAAACAUAUUCUUAGAUCUGAAGAUAAGAUAGCAUAUGCAUUGGUAAAAUUAGAAAAUACCACAAAUUUCACGGAUUUUGUGAAAAUUUUUACCGAAUUUGGUGGCGAUAUGGUUGAUUUGGCCCAUCGCUCGGGCGAUCGGCAGAAUGAUUUAAAAAGUGAAAAGCGUCGUGAACAAAUGGCGGUAGCACGUACGAUGUUGGAACGGUUGACAAUGUUGUUGCUAACCUCAAAUAAAGCACUUUUAAGGCAUCCGGAUAACGAAAGCGCACGGCAGUGUCGAAAUGGAGUUUUUCAACAGAUGCGUUUGGCUCUUCAAUUGAUCGCAUUUUGCGUCUCCGAUGGUGUAAUGCACUUUGAUGCAUCACAUUUUGUAUUACCAUCCAGUGAAGAAGUUUUAGAUAUUGGAAUGCAACUAACUGCUAAUGCAGCUAUUAGGCGGUUAAUGGAAAUGUUGGAAAUGGCACGGAUGACAUGUAACAUUGGAACCAGUACAAGAGAACGAUUAAUAAGCGCUUUGGAUUCUUUAUGUGAAAUGACUCAGGAUUUUACCGAUUCAGCCUAUACUCCACAUCAUCAUCGUGAACAGAUUUUGGAUUUCUUGGAAGAAUGUCGACUUGAAUUGACAAAUCUUAUACAACCUGAUGUUGCUGAUGAGCCUUUAAGGAAUGAAAGCAUAGAAGUGAGUGUGGAGAGACUUACUCGAAGAUUGAAGGAUCUCAAGAAACAGCUGCAAAUUGUAGCUAUGGAACAAAUCUCAGAAGUACUGCGUACCAAUGAAGACCAAGUGAUUUUGUCAUCAAUAAAAACAUGUUCUGUUUCGGGUGAUAUUGACGGUCACGCAGAACGGAACUUACGAUUUCUUGCUCCACUAACAGUGUUGGCUGGUCGCACGUUGUGCAUACAUCCGUCGUCGCGCGUAGCACGAGAGAACCUGGAAGUUUUUUGUGACACAUGGAUACAGUAUGUUAAUGAUUUGUCCAGACUGGCAAAAGAAACAGAUGCAACAGCAAGCGGUCGUUUAGCAGCGGAGAAACAAGCCUAUAUGUCUCUGCCUAGGCCAGGGAAGCAUGGUACGACACAAAAGCCAACGAAACCGAUUACACUUGACGUGGAAGAUCAGCAGAAGAUAGCGAAAGUUGGCUUGGAAAUGAAACUUUUGACUUCUGAAGUGAAUGCAGAAGCAGAAAAAUGGGAUGAAUAUGCAGAGAAUGAUAUUGUUAAGCGAGCUAAAGCUAUGUCUUCCAUGGCUUAUAAUAUGUAUCUUUUCACGAGAGGUGAUGGAUUACUAAAAACAACGCAUGACCUUUUCACACAGGCAGAAUUUUUUGCAGAACAAGCAAACAAGAUGUAUAAAACAGUCCGAGAAUUUUCUUAUGAGGUACCUGGAAGUGCUGAGAAAAACGAUCUAUCGACGAUUUUGGAAAAGAUACCUAUACAUUGUCAGCAGUUACAAGUACUUGUGAAGAGUCCAACAGUCGGUAAACCAGCAACAUUUUCCAAAGUUGAUUCCGUGAUACAGGAGACAAAAAAUCUAAUGAAUGAAAUUGCUAAACUUGUUACUGCUUGUUUCGUUUGUGCAACUAAGUUCGAAAUUGAAUUCCACGGUGCGCCGGUCUCACGACAAUCACUUGCUGAUGGCGAAUACACGCAGCGUAGUAGUAAGGAAUCCACAUUGUGGCGGCGAACUCCAUCAAUGCGACGUACCACACAAACACCCGUGUUUUAA